ACGACCUAAGCAUGGAGAGAGCGGGCGCUGGGACUGGGCAGCCAGUUUCUCGGCUGGAGGCUCCGGGGUCCACGGAUGACCGGCUUUUCCUGGUUAAAGGUGGAAUUUUCCUUGGUACUGUUGCUGCAGCGGGAAUGCUUGCAGGUUUUAUUACAACGUUAUCAUUGACGAAAAAGAAAAGCCCUGAAUGGUUCAAUAAGGGAAGUAUGGCCACGGCUGCAUUACCGGAGAGCCGGUCUUCCCUUGCCUUACGAGCUCUGGGCUGGGGCUCACUGUAUGCUUGGUGUGGGGUUGGUGUAAUUAGCUUUGCAGUCUGGAAAGCCUUAGGAGUUCACAGUAUGAAAGAAUUUCGAAGUAAAAUGCAAUCAGUAUUUCCAGCAAUUCCUAAGAACUCCGAAUCGGCUGUCGAGUGGGAAGAAACAUUGAAAUCCAAAUGAGAUGAGCAUGAAUGAAUUUCAAAAUGCUUGUUACAGAAAGGGGUGGCUCUGGAGACACCAUGACAGCAAAGGGACUGGGACUGAUUUCUCCCCAGGAACAUGGCAGAUCGCAGACUGAACCACGCGCUGGAUAGCAUUCAUCCUCCUCAUCACAGGAGAGUAUGUGUAUGCGUCUUGGGGAGGGUAACGUUUUCUCAAAGUUAAGAAGACUUUACAAAUAGUAAUUACAGGGAUAACUUCCUUAUGUGGAGGGGAUCCCAGAGGAAAUAAUUCUGUUUGUAACAGUUGAACAAAGUUUCAGUUGAACGAAGUUUCAGUUCAACCGAGUUUCAUACCUAAAAAAAGUUUAUAAUAAAAGUAUGAUAAAAAAAAUUUGUGAAACAGACUCCCUAAUAGCAAUUGUACUGCAAUGUGUCUAAUUAAAGGAGUUUCAAGAGCCUUUCUUGUCAGUAUAUAACAGAAUUUGGAAGUCUUAUUCCAAUUAGCCAGACUACAAAGUGACAGUCACCUGGUAAGUCCUGUAUAGUAGGAGGUGGGUGUGGCUCUCGUGUCCUGAGUGUGGUCUGUGAUUUACAGCCAGCACACGCAAGUGAGUUACUUACCUGAUGCCCUUGCUUGAAGGCCCUGCAAAUUCUUAGACUUAAAAAGCCAUUAAUGAGUUAUGAUCACUCCAGGAGGCACAAUUGAGCUAAAAUAAUGAUAUCAGAGGUAAAAAAAUAUUUUUUGAGAAGUUGGUCUGGAUCUCUGAACAUUGACAAUUUGUAAUUUUGUCUCAGUUGUCAAAGUAAAAAAAAAAAAAAAAAAAAAAGCCCAAUUGUCAGCUAUCUUCAAUAUUUUUAACCAGAAAGUCACCUGAGUUCUGAGUCCCAAUGUUAAGUGUUUGGUACCACCUCCCUAAUGAAGCUGUUGGGGUCAAUUCUACGUGCACACCCAACUCGCUCCUGUCUUCCAUGAUCUCCUACAAAAAACAGACAGAAUAAUGUCUACAUGCAAUUAUUUUUAGUACAAUUGCAUUUUUAAAUAUUUUUAAAAAGAGAAAUACUUUAAUAUGUCAGUAUGUCCACAGAAGUAACCUCUAGUUAAGUAUUGGUUUUGCAGUUUCUUUUCACUUGCCUAGGCUCUAAUUAGUCAGCAAUCAGGUUCAAUAAAGGACAUUUGAAAUUUCUGUUAUCAUGAAACCUUUUAUUCUAAGGGAGAUUUUUAAAUGAAAUGUCAAGUACAUAAUGUAACACUUUUCUCUAGACCAUGUUACCCUGUUAAAAUUGCUGUAUUGUUAAUGAAGCAGGUGUCAGCAUCUGGGAUUCAUGUGUAAUCUGUUAAAAAUCCAAGACUGAAAGGAAA